AUGGCAUCGUCAAUCAAGGAAAAGUCCAUCCAGAUGGAGGAGGCGGUGGACAAAACAGAAUCAAAGGCCGCCAUUGCUGUCGACAAACGCCACCUUGACGAGGCGAUGACGGUCCUGGCAAGCUACAGUGGCCCGCAGACAUGGGACGACGAAGAAGAGCAACGGGUCAGGAAAAAGAUCGAUCGUCGACUCCUCCCGAUCCUCGUGAUUUGCUACGGUCUGCAAUACUACGACAAAGCCAUGAUCUCGCAAGCCGCAUUGUUCGGUCUUCGCACCGACCUUGAGCUCACUGUGUCCAACCGAUUCUCCUUCGCGUCGUCCAUCUUCUACAUGGGCUUCAUUGCCGGUGCAUACCCGGCCAUUGUCAUGGCUCAGCGCUUCCCCAUCGAGAGAGUCGCCGCCGGCAUUAUAUUGGCCUGGGGAAUCUGUCUGAUCUGCACGCCGGCAUGUCACAACUGGCAAGGACUCUACGCGCAGAGAUUCUUCCUCGGUUUCAUCGAGUCAGGAGUCAGCCCGAUGUUCAUGUUGGUCGUGGGUCAGUUCUACAAAAAGAAUGAGCAAGCCCUGCGGAUGGGUGUCUGGUACUGUGCAUGCGGCUACGUAUCUAUCUUCUCGCCUCUAAUCAACUACGGGUUCGGGCAUGUAAAGGGUGCAUUGUCCCCGUGGCGCUACAUGUAUCUCUUUGCCGGUUCCAUCACCAUUCUCUGGUCGGUGGUGGUCUACUAUUACCUCCCUCCUGAUCCGAUCCGCGCGAAAGGAUUCACCGAGCGCGAGCAUUUCAUUGCUGUGAGUCGGCUGCAAUCGAAUAACUCGGGCGUCCGUAAUACGCAUUUCAAAAAGGAACAAAUGAUGGAAUUGCUGUUCGACCUCAAAUUCUGGAUCAUGUUCUGGAUGACACUGUUGUCCAUGUUUGCCAAUGCUCCGGUCUCGACAUUCACCCCUCUGAUUAUCUCCGGAUUCGGAUUCAACACACUCAACUCUCUGCUCUUGGUGGUCCCCGUUGGGUUUUUCACUGGUACCGCCGAAUUGAUCAUUCCCUUCCUUGCCUACAAGUAUACGGGCAUAAGGACAUAUCUCGUGGCGUUUUCUGAACUGGUUACUGUCCUCGCCGCGGUCCUGCUCUGGGCUCUCCCGAGACACGCCAUUGGAGGCCUGAUGUUCGGGGUGGUUAUCCUUCCCUGCUUUGCUUCCGGAUAUGUAAUUAUGUUGGGACUUCAGAUCGCCAACACAGCGGGCUAUACUAAGCGAUCUUUGGCUUCGUCGGGGAUUUUCGUUGCCUAUUGCAUUGGUAACUUUGUGGCCCCUCUUACGUUCCGAAGUCAGGACGCACCGAUAUAUGCACCAGGUUUGGCGACGGUGGUUGGUACGUCGGUCGCCGUGGUGGCCUUGUCCAUUUUGUACCGGUUUGUCUGUAUCAGGGAGAACCGCAAGAGAGAUCAGACAGGCACUGAGGCUUUUGACCAUGCUUACGAGGAUGACUUGACCGAUAAAACUAUUGUGCUGAAACUCGCCCGUGAAGGCGCUCGCGUCCUCGCGGUAGACUUGAAUGGAGCCGAAGCUGAGCAGACGGUCAGAUUAUGCCCGGCCGGCUCCUGCCACGCCUUGACAGCAGACAUUACACUCGAGUCGUCGUGGCGCCAGAUUCUCUCCACGGCGCGGAGUCUCUUCGAUGACCGUCUUGACGUCGUGGUGAAUUGCGCAGGGGUGAUCCACGACGCAGCACCGUCGCACGAGGUCCCCGAGGAGCAAUUCGACUUUGUGUUCAAGGUCAACGUGAAGCCAUUGUAUCUGAGCACCAAAGUCAUUGUGCCCUGGUGGAAGGAGACGAAACGGCCCGGCCUGUUCAUCAACCUGAGCAGCACCAGUGAACCGCGACCUCGUCCGUUCUUUGUAUGGUACGCGGCCAGCAAAGGCGCCGUGACAGCUACGACGAAAGGUCUUGCGGCAGAGUACGCCUCCGAUAACAUUCGGUACAAUUGCAUUCGGCCUUCGCUAGGGGAGACAGCCAUGCUAUCCAAGGUGCUUGGAGACUCCGACAGCUCGGAUUCGGACCGCCGCGAAAAGAUCUUGGGUUCGAUACCGCUGGGUCGUGUUUGCAAACCGGAAGACGUGGCGAACAUGACUUGUUUCCUCGCCUCGGACGAAGCAACCUACAUCACUGGCGCGGCGUUCGACGUCGAUGGCGGAAGAGGAGUGAGUUGA